CGCAGGGUGGGGGGGAACGCAGGAGGGAAUAGGACUGAGCGAGGGGAUUCCAGUGCCCAGUCCCGGGUCGGUGGGGGGCCGUCGUUACUGUCUGUGGCCUGCAAACUGUGCCGCGCGGGCCGACUUGGGUCGUCGUCCGAGCGCUCCUGUACCAGGACGGGUGCACCACGAGCUUCGCAGACUGCGGAUUCGAGGCAGCUUGAUGUUCCGGUGGUUGCUCGGAGGUUCGACUUGGGAGGAGGGUAUCAAGAAACGAUAAUGUUUCCUUGAAUUCGCUUAUGUAUUUGUCUCCUCAAUGUCACUCAUAUUGAAUAUCUUAAGAGAAAUGCUGGAAUAUUUUGGUGUUCCCAUAGACCAGGUUUUGCAGAUUAGAGAAAAUAAAGACUAUGGAUCAGCUCGGAGUAUUGUUCGUAUUAUUGGGAAAAUUCUUCCUCUAGAACCUUGUCCCAGGCCUAAUUUUGAGUUGAUCCCACUGUUGAACUCUGUAGACUCUGGUAACUGUGGAUCUGUAGUUCCAUCUUUUGCUGAUACUCUGUGUGUGGCAAAUGAUGAAGAAGCCAGUUAUCUCCGAUUUCGACAGAGUAAACGAAUGAGAAGUGACGGGACUGUAGGUGAAGCUGCAUUUAAAAAGAUAACUGCCCUUGAAGAGGAGCUGACUUUUCUUCGCACCCAGAUUGCUGCCAUCGUGGGAAGGCGGGAAUUGAAAGCCAGUAGGCAUGUGGGCUUCUUUGACUUGAAUGAUGAGCCUCGUGGUUUGGGACAAAGACCAUCACCAGGGACUACUGAACUGAGUGCCCAGCCAGAUCCAUUUUCAAGUUCAAUGCUUUUUCCUCCUCCUCCUCCUCUUCCUCCACUGCCCCCUCAGCUUUUUUCUCCACAGCCGACCUGUUCUCCUCUCACACAGUCAGGAUCUAAUAAUAUGUGUGACUCAGAUAACUCUGCAAAUGAAAUGAAAAAACAGCACCUGGCUGACAGUAAGACCAAUUACAGUCAUUCAAAAAACCAGGAAAAUAAAGAUGUUCCAAACAUGUUGGAUGUACUAAAGGACAUGAAUAAGGUUAAACUUCGUGCUAUUGAAAGGUCACCUGGAGGUAAACCCAUUCAGAAGAGGAAAAGACAAGAUUCACAUUGGGAUCCAGUGUCUUUAAUAUCCCAUGCACUUAAGCAGAAGUUUGCAUUCCAAGAAGAUGAUUCCUUUGAGAAAGAAAAUAGGUCUUGGGAAUCUUCUCCGUUUUCUAGUCCAGAAACUUCAAAGAGUGAGCUAUAAUAACGUAAAGUUAGUGUUUUAAUUUUUCUUAAGUGUGUCAUUCAUGAUACAUCUUCGCCUUCAGGUUCUCUUGAAGUACUUGCACAGAAUGGGCCAUGCGGUUGUUGGCUGGUACCGCGUCUGUUUCUGUGGUUUCUGUUCCAUUUCACACAUUCCUUUUAGCUUUUUGGCUUACUAUGAAGUUUUUUUAAAUAAAACACUCGAUUUGAAAAAUA